UUCACAUAGAAGGGAGUGAGGAGUCUACUAUGUUCUUGUGUUCGCCGCCCAAAUUCUAUUUAAAACUUAUAUUUUUGCAUCAAAGAAGCAAGCAAUUGUUGUUUAAACAAUCGUCGUCCGCGAUUUUCUGAACGAACCAUUAAAAUGAUUUCAUUAUCCGAUGCAAUUCGAUUGGAAUCCAGCAAUCCUGCUGUGAAUACCUUUAAACCAUGGUGGGAAAUAUGGAUUGAUUAUACGCUAAAUACCUUUCUGCUUGUCGUCCUAUUUGCUUUGGCGGGUGUGACAAUCUCUGGCACCCCAGGACUUGUUUGUCUACCUUCUGAUACCAGUCAGACCAAAUUGAACUAUGCUACGAACUUCUAUGUAAAUGCGAAAUGCACCACUCAUAUUGAUGGGCACAUUUUGAUUUUGUUUCCGUACAUCAUAUUCGUUCAGUGGUUGCUGCUAUUUGUUCUGCAUUUGUCCUGGUUCAAUCUGCCUGAUUUAAAAGCAUUCUUGGAGUCAUCAUUUGACACAUUUAUGACAAUGAAACAAGAAAAUAACCUCGUCUUGCAAGCCAAAAAAAAAUCAAAGCAAUGGAUGGAAAAAAAUGAACCCAGCACAAAACCAAAGGAUGAUGAAGAGGAUGGUACUGGCGAUGAUCCUUUAAAAUCUGGAAGAAAUGCUAGACUUGUCUAUUUGGUGGACUGGUUGCAGUACCUUUUACAAUUCAAGUAUAAUUUAGUGAACUUCUACACUAUUAAAUCUAUUGCAACAUGUGGACUAACUGUGAUAUUCAGUGCUGGUCUAGUGUCCUCGUUGGUGACAUUCCGUUGGAAAUCGGCGUUUUCAUGUGAUCUACGCGGAUCUCUUCCUCCGCCCUUUCACCUCAACUCCUGUUCCUUUUCUGCUGCACCUUAUGUUUACAGCAUGAUGCUACUUAAUGUAAUCUUCACCAUUGUGCUGUGUAUUUUCAACCUUCAAGCAAUAUUUUGGCUCUUGAAAUUCAGGUACAUAUACUGGUAUUACCAACACAGAGUGUGGCAGAAUAAUCACCCAUUAAAAGGCAAACCAGGCUUCCUUGACUAUUUCUUCUGCAUCCAUCUGAUGAAAGCCAACAGUGCGGAUGGUGAUGCCAUUUUCAAAACGAUGGAAGAAGCUUUUAAAACUUUUCAAAAUAAACUACCGGAGGAGAAGAGUUCAGUUGUGUCUGAGUCGGCCUUGGUCAUUCCAGAAUCACCAAGGCAUUGCAAAAACCAGUUUAUUUUAACAGAAGUCUUAAAGGAGCUGGGGAUGAGUAUGAAAAAAUCUCCGCAGAAUGAUUUAUGGGCAGGACUGGCGAAUAGCAAAGACAGAGAUGAACCUCUGCAACCAAAGGAGCUCGCAACUGCUGUACGAAAAAUCCGCGAGAAGGUCCAGGCUGCAUUACUAGAGAAGCAUGCUCUGUUCAAAGAUUUAAUCAACAAAGAUGAUCAUUGUCCAAUGUUUGAGGAUUACAUUGAAGAUGUGGCGUUAGACGAGGUACGUGAUAAAGGCAUUAAGGAAGAUCAUUAUAUCUUAAUGGCCUUUGCCAUAGCAUACAAAGUGAACGUUGUAAUCAUCCGUGCAGAUAAAAGCUCAUUGCUUUACGAGCCGGAAAAACCUGAAAUAAACCAGUCAGUCAGGUUUCUGACCUUCAUUCCGCCGCAGUAUUAUUAUGCGACCUUUAGUGACCCUCAGGCAACCCAAGACGAGAACGCCGGCCUGAAAUUCCUCACGGAUCAGAUUUAUCAAACGGAUUUGCUGAAGGACGCGAAAGACAGAUGGCAAACAAAUGGAUACGCUGAAUACAAGAAAAAUCUUGAAAACAUAUUGCCCCGGGAAUUACCGUAUCAGGUCUCCGAUCGCAGUAGAAAUAUCUCAGUAUCUGAACUGGACAAAAAGGCUAGCGGAUUGAGGCAAAGAGGUAGCAAGUCAAGAGGAGAGAAAAAGAAAAUUGAACAUUUUGCCCUCAUGGAAGCUGUUUGAGUCGUAUACCCUGAAAGCAAAUAUGUAUAUCUUAGACAAAACGUUUUUGCUGAGACGAAAAUAGACGAUGUGUAGUCUAUAGAAGUAUUUUAUCAUUCUGGGAAUGCCACUGAAAAUAUCCUGCUCGCGCUAAAGGGAAUAGCCAGUGUUUUUAACUGCACAAUUCCCGAUAAUAGUAAUGAUUGAGGAUUAUUUAUCUGAUAUCGUCUUAUGCGUGCAUAAACUUCGACACGGCGUGUUCACUCGAAGAUUUGGCAAGCAAGGUCACCAGUCACGAUGCUUUUUACGUUUUCAAGUACAGUUCGAUAUUUAAUCUCUGUUUGACAUUUUGCUGAUGGAACGGAAAAAAUCUUGGCAAAAACACUCGCUAUAGAAUAAGCCCAGAGGACCGCACACAUCGGACUUUUUUGGGAUAUUACAAUUCGGAAAUGAAUCGUUUCAGCAGCUGGGAUUUGCGGGCAAGAAUUCCUCAGAAUGUUCCAGCCCUUCUAUGUCUUCUUUAAAAAAAGUGAUUCGGGUAAUAACGUCUCGAAAUUUACCCUGCGGAUUGCCAAAUCUCGUCCGAUGUGUGUGACCUCUUUAUUGAUUCAUGCACGAAGACUGUGUAUGUCUAACUGUGUAUAUCUACGUGCAGAUAAAGAGAAAGUUCAUAACCCAUUCAAGGGCAUAUCACAUGCAGAAGUAGGUCACACGAUCCAAUUGUCGGAUUCAAUUCACUUCAGAUGAAUAUUUUACAGGCUGAUUGCAUGCACGAUCACGCUUAGUCGAAGUAUAAAAGAAGAAGAAUAUGAUUUUAAUGUAUUGAAAUGAGAAUAUAACAUGAUUCUGGAAGUGGUGUGUAGUCGUCCAGACAAUAGCCUGUGUUUGUUUUAUUUCAUAACGACUUAUUUCAAUACCUGAAAAUCAUAUCGUGCGUCGUUGGAUCUUGGUUAUAAACUGUACA